UCGUCCGAGAGACUCAACCGCGAGGGAGGAAACUACUGGUGGUGAUACAUAUCGAGGGUGUACGAGCCAAAGGUACACCUCCUUUAGCGGCGGCAGCGGCGGCGGCGGCGGCGGUGGCGGCGGCGGCGGCGGCGGCGGCGGCGGCGUCGUCGACGGCGGCAGUGGUGGCGGCCGUGGCGGUGGCGCUUCACGGAGGAAGUGACCGCACGCGGCGCGGACGUACGUUACUUGUCGCCGAGUCUGCUCCGAGAAUGCGUUAUGUAUUUACGUAGAAUAUUGCGUAACGUACAAGGGGCCGGCUAAAGUGUUCGAAAACCUGGACGUUUUGGACACAAGUCGAAGCAGUCGACGGAAACGAUAGAGUGAAGCGAGUUGAGCUGCACCGGUGCGAGUUUCGCGCGUACAUACGCAGCAAGAAUCCAACCCGCGGUCCUCGACGCGAUCGAAAGUUUCGGAGAGCUAGUCGAGAGAGUCGGCGACGCCAGUGCACGGCUUACCGCGAUAAUCAAGGGACGUAUCUCGAUCUCGACGUCAUCGUCACCGCUUGUAUCCCUUCAUUUGUGUACGACGAAAUCUACGUGGGAGAUAGGGACGCGGAACGUAUUUUCUCAAAUGGAAAUUGCACCUCCAAUGUGAUUUGCGAUGAAACGUGUUCGCGGUCUGGACGACGUAGCAUCACCGUCGGCAAAGCACUCGGUGAAUGCGGCAAGUGGCUUGGGGAGUGGAGGGGGUAGUUUGGAUUAUCACCCCAGCAGUGGAAUAGGUGUUGUUGUACCUGGUCAAGCAGUUCGAUCUGUUACUUCAAAGGAAAUGCCAGGAAGUAUACAAUUUGGUACUGCCCAACCUCAACAACAAUAUACUGGAGCGAUUGUUGUACCAACCGCAGCACCAUCUCCUAUUAAGCAGGCGAGUGGCUCUGCGGGAGGACUCAGCUCCACAUGUAGCAGUAGCAAUAUAAGCACUAGUAGUAGUUUACAUAGUGGGAUAGGUGGUGGCAAUAGUCACACAAUGGCUUCCCAACAGCCUACAUCAGGAUCACAAAAUCAAGUCCAUUCGCAACAGCAAUCGACAAUAAGGCAUAAGGUACAUUCUGGUAAUGUAACACCGUUGGCUUCCACUCCACCUGGCUCUAAUCUGGGAGGAGGAAGUGGAUCUCAACAAUUUCAGAGAUUAAAAGUGGAAGACGCAUUAUCUUAUCUCGAUCAAGUAAAAUAUAAAUUUAGCGAUCAACCACAGGUGUAUAAUGACUUUUUAGAUAUUAUGAAAGAAUUCAAAUCUCAAAGUAUAGAUACUCCGGGCGUUAUAACCCGAGUGAGUCACCUCUUCAAAGGACAUCCUGAACUCAUCGUUGGUUUCAAUACAUUUCUCCCACCAGGCUAUAAGAUAGAAGUACAAGCAAACGAACAAGGAUAUGCUUUCCAAGUAUCCGUCAGUAUGCCCAGUCCGACGGCAACGCAUACCGCCACGUUAUCACAGCAUCAUUGUACAGUGAAUGUUGGUUCACCUCCUGUAGCUAGUCCGCCCAUGCAACCUGCAAAAGCACCUCCCGUUUUACAAAUAAUGCAAGGGUCAGGCAAUAUACAUCAUACUUUGGCAAACAGUAUUACGACUAACAGCUUAACUGUUCACGCGCCUUCACCACCGCCAGUAUCAGUGUAUAAUAAUUCACAUGUCAGCACUGCACAGGCGCAAGCUGUCAGUCAGGCUUUAAGUCAAGCGGAUGGUGUGUCAACUGGUGGACAAACGCAACAAAGCCAGCCGGUUGAAUUUAAUCAUGCGAUAAACUAUGUCAAUAAAAUAAAAAAUCGGUUUCAAGGCCAACCAGAUAAAUACAAACGUUUCUUGGAAAUAUUACAUACCUAUCAAAAAGAACAGCGAAAUUUAAAGGAAUCUGGUCAUAUGGGAGGUACAAGUUCCGGUGCGACGGGUGGAACGAAACACUUGACAGAAGCGGAAGUUUAUAGCCAAGUUGCGAAAUUAUUUGAAAAUCAAGAAGAUUUGCUUGCCGAGUUUGGACAGUUUUUGCCGGAUGCUACUAAUCAGCAAAGUUCGUUGUCUGCCAUGUUUCAGACUAAUAAGACGACAUCGGUUAACGAUCAUACGGCGAUUGUCAAGAAACCAAUUGGAGUUAAAACACCUUAUAACAAUUCUGGUGCUAUAUCAAGAGAUCUGCGAGAAGCUAGCGGUACGGCUGGAUUGGAACGCGACAAUCGAGAUCAUAGGGAACGAGAACGGGAGCGAGAUAGACCAAACAUAAGAGAUAUCAGUAGUGGCCAGAAAUGCGGGCACAGUACAGGACAGUUAAAAAGGAGUCCGUCAUUCUCAACUUCGGCAACUUCUGCGGGAAAUUCUCAUCAUCUACAACAUGGGCCGCCGCCAUCGAAAAAACAUAAAGUAGCGAUGCGCGAUAUUUCCAUUGCGGAAGCUGGUAAAUACGGUACCCUGAACGACUAUGCUUUCUUCGAUAAGGUUCGAAAAGCACUUAGAUCACAAGAUGUCUAUGAAAACUUCCUUCGAUGUCUAGUACUUUUCAAUCAAGAAAUAGUGUCCAAGUCGGAGCUCAUUCAGCUGGUGUCACCGUUUCUCGGCCGUUUUCCCGAGUUACUACGUUGGUUCAAAGAUUUUCUUGGUUACUUAUCCGACUCGUCCAGCACUACAGUGACAAAUGCAGGAAACGCCAUAGGAGUGGAGACUUUCCCAAAUAGCAUUGUACGCAGCCAUCAGGAACGACCGCAAGGUGACUUGGCGAUAGAAAUUGAUUAUACAGCGUGCAAACGAUUGGGGGCGUCAUAUUGCGCAUUGCCAAAAUCAUACAUUCAGCCAAAAUGUAGUGGCAGAACGCAAUUGUGUAAGGAAGUUCUUAACGAUACUUGGGUUUCGUUUCCAACUUGGUCGGAAGAUAGCACAUUUGUAACCUCAAGGAAAACGCAAUACGAAGAAUCUAUAUAUCGGUGCGAAGAUGAACGUUUUGAAUUGGACGUCGUUAUAGAAACUAAUGCGUCGACGAUUAGAGUGCUUGAAGGUGUUCAUAAGAAAAUGAACAGAAUGACUCAAGAGGAGAUACAGAAAUACAAGCUUGAUGAGUGUAUGGGUGGUUGUUCCCCUACGAUUCACCAACGAGCGAUAAAGAGGAUAUAUGGCGAUAAAGCUCCCGAUAUCAUAGAGGGCCUCAAAAGAAAUCCUGCAGUAGCCGUGCCUGUGGUACUUCGCCGGUUAAAGGCUAAGGAAGAGGAAUGGCGGGAAGCGCAAAAGGGAUUUAAUAAAAUAUGGAGAGAACAAAACGAGAAAUACUACUUGAAAUCUUUAGAUCAUCAAGGAAUUAAUUUCAAGCAGAAUGAUGUAAAAGCAUUGAGGUCUAAAAGUCUAUUCAAUGAAAUUGAAACAUUGUAUGACGAGAGGCACGAACAGGGUGACGAUGGUAAUGGCGAUGGUCAGGGAAACAAUGGUCCACACCUUGUUCUACCUUACAAAGACAAGUCUGUCUUGGAUGACGCUGCUAAUCUCUUGAUCCAUCAUGUUAAACGGCAAACCGCUGUUCAUAAAGAAGACAAACAACGGAUAAAACUUUUAUUGAAACAUUUUAUACCUGAUCUUUUCUUUCAUCCCCGACAAGAGCUCAGCGAUGACGAAAGAGACGAAGAUGAUGAGAAAGACGAUGUAAAUGUGGCAACGUGUAAUAAUUCUCAAUCCGUGACGACUACUUCGUUAAGUGGUUUGCAAGCUAAUAGAAGUAAGGCUCCUGCAUCACCAAAUACUUCCGUUACCAUCAAAAGUGAACCUGAUGUUAAAGUACCCAUACAUGCUCUUUCGAGUGAUCCUGAGGAAGCGUAUACGCUUUUUAUGGGUAGUAAUAAUUGGUAUCUCUUCCUAAGAUUACACCACAUACUUUGUGAGAGAUUAACGAAAAUGUAUGACCGAGCGGUUGCUCUUGCCGAAGAAGAGUCCAAGUAUAAACAGCAACGCAAGGAAAGCACAGCGGUCGCUUUAAGAUUAAAACCAAAAAGUGAAAUUGAAAUUGAAGAUUAUUAUCCUGCCUUUUUGGAUAUGGUUAAAAAUGUCCUCGAUGGAAAUAUGGAAAGCACAGCGUACGAAGACACGUUGCGAGAAAUGUUUGGUAUACAUGCCUACAUUGCCUUUACUCUCGACAAGGUCGUGAAUUAUGCCGUUAGGCAAUUGCAGCACCUAGUCUCAGAUUCCGUUUGUCAACAAUGCAUGGAUCUAUUUCAAAGGGAACAACGGCAACCUAAAGAAAAUAGCGGAGCCGGUGGGUUAUGUGCCACAGCGUACAUGAGAUUAAGCGCUGAAUUGUCAUAUCAACGUAAGGCGGAAAAAGCAAUGGCAGAUGAAAACUGUUUCAAGAUAUACAUAUAUAAAAAGGAUUGUAAAAUGACGAUGGAGUUGUUAGACACAGAGGGCGAUGAAACGGUGGAUAACGGCUGUAGAGAGAGAGAAAGGGAAGGCGUUACGGUUUCUGAAAAAUGGUCGACGUACGUUGAGAGAUUUUCUGCACCAGCUGGUCAAACUAGCCCAAAAGACACUCCUGCCUUAACAGAGAAUGAGCAGUCGACCAAUCAUCCUGUGAGUAGCGACCAGGCAGCAAGGGGGGGAAGGGGCAGAAAACGCAAGAACACUGACAUUAGCAAGAAGAUUGACGGAAAUACUUGGAGUUCCUCAAGCAGAGCUUCAGCAGGUCGCAAACCUAUUUUUCUCGAUCGUAAUAUUAGAUCGUACCGACAGCAUGCUGCAAGAUUAAUGAGAGGGAAAACAUGUUCGUUCAAUACUAAUCAUUCGGACAAAGUCGCAGAGUCAAGUGAUACUCCAGACAUGAUCAAUUCCGACGAAACUCAAUGUAGAUUUAAUCCCAACAGUUACACUAUGCUCUUCAUCGUUCAUAAGGACAGAUUUCUUUACAAACAAAACUCCAUGAAUCGUGCUAGACGGUGUCAUCCAGCUAUAACGAAGCGUAAGGAUUCCAAGUUCCAUCAUUGGCAUACAUCGUGGAUAUCCAAGAAUGGCACAGAUAUGCAACGUCGGUUGUGUCAAGAUUGGUUGAUGGGAGAGAACUACGAGAACUUGAUUCCCCACAGGAUACGAGUGUUAACGGACAAUGAUCAGACACGGUCCCCCUAUCGACAAUACAAUCGUUUCCGAGUAGAACGUUCGCAAUCUGAUUUGUUGACAGAAACGUGUGUCUAAUCCAAUUUGGCCAAUUUCUUGUCAUUUAAAAUUUCCCAAUGUCGCUACGCUCGCUACAAUUAGUCAUGUAUCAGUAUCAAAAGUUUUUCUUUGCCAGUUUAGGUUCAACGCAGAAAUACUUGAAAUAUAAAUUACGUUUUUGUGCACAAUGAUGAAUAUUAUAUUGUACAGACAGUGCUCGAUAUUCAAAGAAAAUUUGAACUGAUUGCAAUUUGAUUCCAAAAACAUUGAAGAGAAUAAAUAAUCAGUGGCCAUCCAUGCCUCAUUAUAUCGUAUUAUAUAUUUUUGCAGAGUUUUAUUCUUGACUGUAUAGAAGUACGCAAAUUGUAUUGGUAUAUAACGAUAUAUAAUAACGAACCGUGUUAUGUAAUUUGAUACUAUCGCACUGAAUUUCUUGUAUUAAUAAUAAUAUUAAACAAUUUUUACAAAUGUCUCCCACUA